AUGCGCUCGCGCUCUCUCAUGCACUCGUGCUCUCUCACUCGCACUCUCACGCACACUCUCACGCGCACUUUCACACGCACUCUCACGCGCUCUCACACGCUCCCUCACGCGCUCUCUCACGCACUCUCUCACGCUCUAUCUCACACACUCUCUCACGCGCUCUCUCACGUGCUCCCUCACGCACUCUCUCACGCGCUCUCGCAUGCGCACUCUCACGCGCUCUCUCACAUGCUCUCUCACGCAAUCUCUCAUGCGCUCUCUCACGGGCUCUCACGCAUUCCGUCGCACUCCCUCUCGCACACUCUCUUGCGCAUUCUCUCUCUCACGCGCUCUCUCAUGCACACUCUCUCGCACACUCUCACGCGCUCUCUCACGUGCUCUUUGAUGCAAUCUCUUACGCGGUCCUUCACGCGCUCUCUCACGCGCUCUCUUGCGCACUCUCUCACGCGCUCUCUGACACGUGCUCUCUCACGCGCUCUCUCACGCGCUCUCUCACGCGCACUCUCACGCGCACUCGCUCUCUCACACGCUCCCUCACGCGCUCUCUCACGCACUCUCUCACGCGCUCCCUCACGCGCUCUCUCACGCGCACUCUCACGCGCUCUCUCAUGCGCUCGCGCUCUCUCAUGCACUCGUGUUCUCUCACUCCCACUCUCACGCGCACUCUCACGCGCACUUUCACACGCACUCUCAUGUGCUCUCACACGCUCCCUCACGCGCUCUCUCACGCACUCUCUCACGCUCUAUCUCACACACUCUCUCACGCGCUCUCUCACGUGCUCCCUCACGCACUCUCUCACGCGCUCUCGCAUGUGCACUCUCACGCGCUCUCUCACAUGCUCUCUCACGCAAUCUCUCAUGCGCUCUCUCACGGGCUCUCACGCAUUCCGUCGCACUCCCUCUCGCACACUCUCUUGCGCAUUCUCUCUCUCACGCGCUCUCUCAUGCACACUCUCUCGCACACUCUCACGCGGUCCUUCACGUACUCUCUCACGCACUCUCUCACGCGCUCUCUCACGCGCUCUCUCACGGGCUCUCAUGCACUCCCUCACAUGCUCUCUCUCACGCACUCUCUUGCGCAUUCCCUCUGUCACGCGCUCUUUCUUGCGCACUCCCACGCGCUCUCUCACGCGCACUCCCACGCGCUCUCUUAUGCGCUCUCUGACGCACUCCCUCACACGCUCUCUCACGCGCUCUCUCACGCGCUCUCUCACGCGCACUCUCACGCGCUCUCUCACGCGCACUCGCACUCUCACGCGCUCCUUCACUCGCUCUCUCACGCGCUCCCUCACGCGCUCUCUCACGCGCUCCCUCACGCGCUCUCUCACGCGCACUCUCACGCGCUCUCUCACUCGCACUCUCACGCGCACUCUCACGCGCACUCUCACGCGCACUCUCACACGCACUCUCACGCGCUCUCACACGCUCCCUCACGCGCUCUCUCACGCACUCUCUCACUUGCGCCCUCACGCGCUCUCUCACGCACUCUCUCACUUGCGCCCUCACGCGCUCUCUCACGCACUCUCUCACGCGCUCUCGCACGCGCUCUUGCAUGCGCACUCUCACGCGCUCCCGUGCACACCGCUCGCGCACCCUUCCGAGCUCGCGCAUCGACCCGCCCUCGCGCACCAACUCGCGCUUGCGCUCGUGCACCUGUCGCCAGAGGCGACGGAAGGGAGGAGGGAGAGGCGACGACAGGGAGGAGGGAGAGGCGACGGCGGGAGGGAGGGAGAGGCGACGGCGGGGAGGAGGGAGAGGCGACGGCGGGGAGGAGGGAAAGGCGACGGCGGGGAGGAGGAGAGGCGACGGCGGGGAGGAGGGAGAGGCGACGGCGGGGAGGACGGAGAGGCGACGGCGGGGAGGACGGAGAGGCGACGGCGGGGAGGAGGAGAGGCGACGGCGGGGAGGAGGGAGAGGCGGCGGCGGGGAAGAGGGAGAGGCGACGGCGGGGAGGAGGGAGUGGCGGCGGCGAGGAGGAGGGAGAGGCGACGGCGGGGAGGUAAGGGAGAGGAGAUGGCGGGGUGGAACGGAGUGAUUGUGAGGUGGGAGAGAGAGGCGAUGGCGGAGUGGGAGGGAGAGGUGACGGCGGAAAGUGAGGGAGAGGAUACGGGAAUGGGAGGGAGAGCGACGGCUGGGUGGGAGAUCUUCCAUGUCUCCUCUUUCCUCCUCUCCCCCCACGCCAACCGCAUCUCUUUCCCCCACGGUGGGUACACCUUCCUCCCCUCCUUGCCCUCCCACUCCACCCCCGUUCACUGGAACAUCAACCGUAGUUGA